AACCAGCUUUUUCUUUUUAAUAAACGCGUUGUGUUUAGUAUGCCAAUGCAAAACAAUGUUCUUUUAGCAGUCAUAUUUAUAUAUUUAUGUCUUUAAAACAAAAAUAAAGACUGUGCCGAAAUUUAAUAAAGGAAUUUAAGAGUGAAGGAUACUCUUCCUCUCCGGCGCUUCCCCAGUCUCCGGGACCUGAAGACCGGGCAGUGACCGCGCCUCCAUCCACCACAAAGGCACAAAGGGCACUAGCACCCGUUAUGCGAGGGAGACCCGGGAAGGAGCAGGAGCCGCGCUCCUAUCCGUAUAUCUGCGUACAAGCCUGCGGGGGACAAGAACCGCUCCCGGCACAGGGCGCUAUGUGGAAACAGUAAAGUGCGCAGAAGCUGCCGCUGGCCAGGGAUUUUCUGAAAACUAACAGGUAAGCCGGCGUCAAGCAAAGGAAUUGGAGACUCAGCAGUAAUCGAUAUUUAUAGGGGCCGAUAAUUCCGUCAAGACAGUGAAGUUAAAGGACGUGCUGGGGCUUUUCAUCCUCGCUAAGCUGACAGCUGCCCAGGGAGGCGGAGGGUCCCGUCCUAAAAUCGACCGUGUGCUCACCAGGAUCAUGUCGCUGUUUGCUGCUACUGGCGCCUUCUGGAACAAGUCAGAUACGCUGAAUGGGACCGGAGUCCAACAGGAGGUGGGCCGGAACUACAGCGCCCUGAUGUACGCGCUGCUCAUCUUAGUGGUGGUAUUUGGGAACACACUGGUUUGCCUGGCGGUGCUGAGGGAGAGGGCCCUGCAGACCAGCACCAACUACCUGGUGGUCAGUCUUGCUGUUGCCGACCUGCUGGUGGCCAUCCUGGUCAUGCCCUGGGUGGUUUACCUGGAGGUGCUGGGGGGAGACUGGCCUUUCAGCCGGCUCUCCUGCAACAUCUUCGUCACCCUGGACGUCAUGAUGUGCACAGCCAGCAUCCUCAACCUGUGCGCUAUUAGCAUCGACAGGUACCUGGCAGUGGUGAUGCCCCUCCUUUACACCGCCAGCCGCAAGUCCCGUAGUCGAGUGUCAGCCAUGAUCGCCACCGUUUGGAUCCUCGCCUUUGCCGUGUCCUGCCCCCUGCUGUUUGGAUUCAACACCACAGACAAAGCCAGCACUUGUUCCAUCUCGAACCCUGAGUUCGUCGUGUACUCCUCUGUGGUGUCCUUCUACCUGCCCUUUGUGGUCACUCUGCUGGUGUACAUGCGCAUCUACGUCUUCUUUAAGAGGAGGAGGAGGAGGAGGAGGAGAAUGACCAGCUGCAGGGCCAGAGUGAGAGUGCAGGAGGAGUCCGUUACGGAGAGAGAGAUGUCCUCCAUUAGGAUCAAUGUGGCGAGGAGGACCAGACGUGGGCCUCAUUUCCUGGCCACUUGCCUGCUACACUGGAUGCUCAGAAGCCCCACCAUGGAGGACAGGCGGGCAGCAGAAUCAGCGGACUCCUACAGUGUGAGCCAGGCAUCGUUGCCGGGACAGGACAUUGAGCUUCACCAGAGAGAGGCUCAGGAGGAGAGCUUGGCAGCAGAGAGCAAAAAGGAGGCAGACAAGAGGAGGUGGAAGGUAAAGAAUCUACCCAACGGACAGACCCUGGUCUCUCUGCACACUGCCCAUAGGGGUGGGAAUGUGCAGACGCGGGAGAAGAAGGCGACACAGAUGCUGGCCAUCGUGCUGGGCGUUUUCCUCAUCUGCUGGCUACCCUUCUUCGUGACCCACAUCCUGAAAACUCACUGCACGGGCUGCCAUGUGCCCGACCAGCUCUACAGUGCUGCCACCUGGCUGGGGUACGUCAACAGUGCUGUCAACCCCAUCAUCUACACAACGUUCAACGUCGAGUUCCGGCGCGCCUUCAUCAAGAUCCUCUCCUGCUGAGCAUGGACCCACCCCUCUCCCCGCUGCUCGCCUGGGACAAACAGCCCGGAUGACCGAAAAUGGCAUGUGACUCGCUCUUCUGGCCUGUGGGAACCAAGGACUUGGAGAAGGUCCCCAGUGAUUGAAUGUUUACCUGUGGAACGGAAGCUGAAAUUCUCCAGAGCCUGGGGAUCCUUACCCAGUCUGUUAAAAGACAUCAACCCAGAGGAAAAGGGUGAUGAUAGUGCUGGAAGCUCAUCAGGGCUGAGCCCACAAAACAGAGGGAGGAGAGCGCCCCCUGCUGCCUGGUGAGAACCUGCACCUUCUGCAGGAUGACAGACAAGGACCUCACCUCAUUACCCUCUAGGUGGUUUGUGCUUUUCUCUGUGUGUAUUUUUUCUGCUAACCGGGGAUCAUACACAGCCUUCAAAAGACGGGUAAUGGGAAGUAACUAUGGGAACAGCCCCAAGGACAGGAAGUGACCACAGGAGGUUCCUUGUGACAUUAACGGCCCUGGAACAUGAAUAGUCAUACACAGUAGGAAUCACUGAUCAAAAAUAUCACAUCUCAAAGGGAGACAUCUCUGGCCUUCCAGAGAGACCUGCCGGGUGCCUGAUGGCCAUCAUGGGCUGCUUAACACCAUGGGCUGUGGGGGGUUUGGAGUCAGCUAGACUCCCCGCUUUGAUGUGUUUGGCAAUAAAAUGUUAUAUGCA